GUUAUUUUUAUUUGUUUUGUAUCAUAAAUAUAUUUUUCUAAGAUCUUUUAUAAAGUGAUUAAAAUAAUUGAACUCAGUGAUUCAUAAGCAUCCUACUGCUGUACAAGUGAAUCAUCUAACCCACUGUUUAUAAAAGUAAACAUGACUGUUUAUCUAACAAAAUCUAUGUUAGGAAGACUUAAUAAAGUGGAAUACUCGAAUGCUAGCUUUAAAUAUGAACCGCAAGCAGAAGAUGACCAUUGGCAAAAGCUUAGCUUGGACAGCAAUAUAGCAUACCGUCUAUCAAACGAUAUGAUCUGCAGAAUAUGUGCUAAAGGUGGAUGUACACCUUUAACUUACAAAAUCUAUGAUAAUGAUAUUAUGGGCGCAAUAAGGAGUAUAACAAACAUCACGAUUAGUCCUGAAGAUGCACUUCCAAAAUAUAUAUGUUCAGAAUGCUUAGAAUCCCUAAAAGAAGCUAUUAAAUUUAAAAUAAACUGUGAAUUAAGUGAUAAAAGGUUUAGAGAGCUUCUUAAUCCUUCAGGUUACCCCACACACACUUCUUAUCCUUAUUCAAAACAUGAUUUUCAAUUAAUAUUACAAAAAAUAAAUGCAAAAAGGUUAGAAAAGCAGAGGAAAGCUGAUGAGCUAAGAAAGAAAAUGGAAAGGGGACAACAAAGGAAAGAUGCAAAGACUAGGGAAUUUAAGUGCACUUUCUGUGACAUCAUAUUUCCAGACAAGGCAAAGUUGUCAGCUCAUAAGCGCGAGAAAAACUGCAUGCGGCGCGCGUGCGACGUGUGCGGGCAGCUCGUCCGCAGCAUCGCGCAGCACAUGCGUCACACGCACAAACAGGAUAUGCUGCAUCGCUGUCCCACCUGCGGGAAGGAGUUCCCGGUAAUCGCGAGGCUGAAGAGUCACAUGCUAGUCCACACGAACACAUUCAACUUCUUCUGCGACCUGUGUCCAUACAAGUGUAAGCACAAGUACUACCUGGUGAUGCACAUGCGCACACACACCGGCGAGAAGCCGUACAAGUGCCCGCACUGCCCCUCCACAUUCGUCAACCCCUCAAACCUCAAUAAACACAAGCUCACACACCAGGAGAAGCAGUUCAAGUGCAUGGUGUGCGCGAAGUCAUUCCGCACGGGCGCGGCGCUGCGCGACCACCACGACGCCGCGCACAUGAACAUCAAGCACACCUGCGCCGCCUGCGGACGGGACUUCUGCUACAAAUCAGACCUGCGCAAGCACGAGAUCCGCAACCACAACCGCAGCAAGCGCGACUACAUCGGCGGUGAACCGACAUACAAGCAGCUCGAGCGCCUGCAGAAACAGAUGUCCGACAACUGGCAAAACCAGGAGGUGUUGAUAACGCAGCCGCACCAGCUGGCGCAGGUGUACGUGGACGACAGCAAGAGCUACGUGCAGUUGACGCAGGCGCAGGCGCAGCCUGUCUACUUCACCGACGUCAACAUGGCGCAGCCGCAACAGCCGCACGACCUAGCUCAACCACAUCCAAUUAUGCACAUGACUCUGGCUGAUUUGCUGGCAAAGAAGGAUGACAGACUGUUCAGUUCGGUAUGUACCGAGCAGCGGCGGCCGACCGAGGAGCAGCAACCCAUUGAAAAUUUCUUUAAUUAAAUCAAUGAGCAUUAAAAUGUUUGAUUAGAUGCCUCGACUCAAAAACAUUUUAAUGUUCACCUAAGGAAUAUAAAGUUUAUAUAUUUUCUGGCAAAGACUAUCUUAUGUAAAUAACUGCCAUAACUACUUAGGUUUACCUAAGUUCCGAAUUGUAUAAUUUAUGAAUUAUUUCAGCUGUAUACUAGAAACGCCCGGCGCGAUAAACAGUCAAUAAUUGACGCUUUAAUGUAUGAAGGCAGCCUUAUAGUACUUAAAUGAAUUAUUGUUAUGGAAUGCAGGCUUACAAGGAUAUAUUUGGGAACAAAAAGGAUAGGGGGGCAGCCCCCUCCCCUGCUCGUACCUCGCUACGCCCAUGCACUCCAAACAUCCUUGUAUUAGCGCUAAAAUGUAUAUAUUGUAUGAUGUACCAGUAUAUUAUGAUUUGGUAUUUUAGGAACAAAAUAAAUCGUUAGGCUGUAUGCAACUGAAUUUAGAGAUUUUAUAUCAGUUUCAGGUAUAAUGUGAGCAUGUAUGAUUAGAGAAAUUAUUUAUAGAAAUGGAGCUAUGUUACUUGGUCAGGACUCAGGUUAUAUCAGGUCGAUAUUGGUCGUAAUCUGAUAUUAGUUGGGCUUGAAAAAACACGAUCAAAAUACGUAACCCACCUAUGAAUUUUUUAACAUAAUUUGCUAUAAUUUGUAUAUUUUCUAUUGAUUUCAUAAAGUAUUUUAGAGAUAUGAAAAUAACAAUCUCUUGUCAGUUGUCUGUUGUCACGAGAAAUUGUGGACGAACAUAAUAUUUAUUAACUUUAUAAUACACUUUUUUAUAUUUCGUAAGC